AUGAUGAGCGAUUAUGAAGAACGAGAAACAAAAAUUUCAAAAAUUGAAAAACGCAUUGCUUCAAGUGCCUUGUUAGAGUCUCGUCUUGGUCCGAAUCAAGUCAUUCGUUUAAAUGUUGGAGGUAAAAUCUAUUGUACAUUUCUCUCCACCUUGAAGAAUGAAAAGGAUUCCUUCUUUUGUGCCUAUUUUAACGAUUACUUUGAUCCGAAACCGGAAGAACACGAUCAAGCCUUUUUCAUUGAUCGUCCCUAUGAACAUUUUCAUUUGAUUUUGAAUCAUUUGCGAGGAAUGGAUAUUUCCAAAAACUUGAGCGAGAUGAAAGAGAGUGAAUUGUGUAACUUUAUGGAAGAGGUGGUCUAUUAUCAAAUCUCUUCAAUUUUCAAUUUAUUUCCGAGUCAUGGGAAAGCCAUGUUGAUGAACAAAUUCAAUAUUCAUGUUCCAGAUAUGCUAUUUCAUCCCAAUUACAUUUCUUCUAAUGCAGAACUCUCACCUGACCACAGAAGAAUUCAAAAGAUCAGUGGUGGCUAUGAGUGGAACUGUGCCUGCAUGGGAAAAACAGAAUGUACUGAAUUUUCAGUCAAGCUUGUAGCCAAUUGUUCGCAUGUAUCCAUUGGGUUCUGUACUACACGAUUGGUUAAGCUCAAUUCUGACAAUACUUCACUGUCCUUUAGUUUAUGUACCCAUGACGGAAAAUUGUAUUGUUCAAGAAAGUGUUUACGAUAUGGUCACAAGUAUAUAUAUCAAUCCAUUCAUGAUGGAUCCGUCAUUAAGGUUAUUUACGAACCCAAGAGAGGAAGAAUUUCGUUUCUUGUGAAUGAUAUCAAUCGUGGAAUGGCAUUUGAUCGUGUUGGGUCAAAUUUGACACUUUAUCCAAUUAUUGAGCUUGGUACUCCAGAUGCUCAAGUGGAAUGUUUGUAG